AUGGCAGACGGUGUUGCAGGAAAUGACUACAGUGAUAGCAAUCGCGCCUUUUUGCAGGCGUUCAUGGCUCGUUCGACUAUGACAUUUGCUGAAGCGAAACCCGUUCUGGCAGCUAUCUUCUCAGCGCAUGAAGGCCAACCUGUCUCCGCGGACGAUGUGACCGAGGAAGAUCUUCACUCUUAUAUCAAUGCAGCCAACACCGCGAUUUCUCCCUUCGACCUGGAAAUCAGAAGUACGCUGCCCCAGCUGCGGCUGGACCAGCAAGAGAAUGAGUCCACGCCAUCAGAACGGGUGUACGCUCUUGUGAACACCACCAGCGAUCCGGUCAUGCAGUUAGCCACCACCUACACGGCAGACGAGAUCGCCUUCAUCAAGCGGAUCCUUGACGCGAUAUUCGAUACGAACAACACCCGACGAUCCGAAGCCAUGGUAGUGAGUGGGAUACAAGCUAUUCAGCUAGCCAAAGCUUCGACGGAUUCGACCCGUCGGGUGUCUGGCGCUGCCACACAGCAGACGCAAGGAGGAGCAGCGCAGUCGUUGACCAUGUCGCAGGCCGAGAUGGUCCUGAAGCAGUUGGUAGAAGAUGGCUGGUUUGAGAAAAGCCGGAAGGGAAACUACAGCUUGAGCCCGCGAGGGCUGAUGGAGUUGCGGGGUUGGCUGGUUGCAACCUACAACGAGAAUGACGAGGGUGCACGGGUGGAUAAAAUCAAGUUCUGCGCGGCGUGCAGGGAUAUCAUCACAGUGGGCCAACGCUGCGAGAAUCGUGACUGCCUGGGUCGACUCCACGACAUGUGUACUCGCAAUUUCUUCCGUAUGCGGCAAGCAGAGCAAUGCCCCGUGUGUAAGGCUCCUUGGUCUGGUGAAAAGUUCGUUGGCGAGAGAGCCAUCACUUCCAUGAACAACCGAUCAGUGCAAAACAAUAGGCGGAUGACGAAUACACAGCGCGAGAGCGAUAUUGGGCCUAGCACACAGGUGACAAGUCUCGCUGAAGACGGCGACGAGAGCGACAUAUUGAGCAGCAUCCAUUGUCGGCGCAAGCAUUUCCAAACGACUGCUAUGACCCUGCGACUCGCUGGCGCUCAUGAACGGGCAGAGGGCCACGUCCCAUACAGCUCGGAUGCAUGA